AUGAUGCAGAAACGACUAUUGAGCAUAUCGAAACCAAGAGCCGACUCGGCGCUUCCAAUCAAUAGCUGGUCGGGACCUGCCCUCAAGAGAAUGCCAAGGUCAAAGGAUAAGCAAACAGAUGCGGAUGUCUCCCACGUGAAAGCAGUAGCGACAGCUUCAGCAGUCACCACGGCAAAUGAGAUAUUUGCAGACACGCCAGCAAAGACAUUAUACAAGAGAUCCACCCACCCUACAUCGGUUCCAUUAUCAAAGAUUUUCAGCAACAAUUUCCCCUUGAGUCUCCCAGAAUCUAUUCAACAUUUCAGAUUACGCCACAAUCCGCUCAAAUUUCAGCAUGACUUACUAGCUACACUUCCAUUUUACCCGCACGUGGACGCAAGAAAUGGGCGCACUUCAGAGGUUUUACAAGUACCAAUUGAUUCCAAGGGCAAUUAUAUCAAUGAGUUUGUCAUUUACCCCGAGGGCAAGAGCCAAGCCGACCUGGCAAAUAUGAAACACUUGCUCAUGGUUCACGGAUACGGCGCCGGUCUUGGGUUUUACCUCAAGAAUUUCGAAGCAAUCGCCACGAGAAAAGACUGGUGCAUUCAUGCAAUUGACUUGUUUGGGUACGGAUGCAGCUCGAGACCUCAUUUCCAUCCGCAAAACUUGGCUCAAGUGGAAGACUGGUUCCAUCACUCUUUCAAGAACUGGUUUGAUCAAAAGAAUAUCCGCAAGGAGAAUUUCUUGGUUAUGGCCCAUUCGAUGGGAGCUUACUUGAUGGCCACAUAUGGGAUAUUGAGAGAUCCGUCAUUUUGCAAGAAAUUGCUCAUGGUUUCCCCCGGCGCAGUCAUUAAGCAUAGAAACCAAGUUAACGUCCCUGCCUACUUUCAAAAAUUGUGGGAACGAAACAUGUCUCCUUUCAGUAUCGUUCGCAAAGCUGGUCUUCUUGGGUCCAAAUUGGUGAGUGGCUGGUCCUCGAGAAGAUUCGCCAAGUUGGACAGCAAGGAAGCAGAGUUGCUACAUACAUAUGCAUAUGGAAUUUUCCAAGCACGAGGAUCAGGUGAAUACAUGCUUAAUUUCUUGCUUGCCCCCGGUGCAGAUGCCAGGUUCCCACUUGUUGAACGGGGGAUCCACAAGUUGAAGUGCGACUUGUCUUGGUGGUAUGGAGAAGAAGAUUGGAUGGAUAGGAAAGGGGGUGAGUUGUGUUCGAGAAUCGUGAAUGGUUAUCACAAGACCACCAAGAGCACAGUUGAUAUUUUCAAGCAUAGUGGACACCACAUCUACCUCGACAAUAUCGAGAUGUUCAACAAUGCUGUUUUGCAGGAGAUGGACCGGAUCUCUAUAGAAUAG